AUGGCAAUGUUCGGUGUACUUGUUUCUGGUAGAUUGGCGCAGACUGAUUUCGUUCAAGCAGAUCCCACGCAUUUCCUUCUAACGAUCAACGAUGCUGACAAUAUAAACUAUGUGGUCGUAUUCAUGACUGGAACCACGCCUUUCCCUGAUGACAUGGGAGGUGGAGUGUACUUCAGUUGGCCAAGUGCGGAAGCUCCUCCUCAAUGGCAAUACCUCGGACAGAUCUCAAACGAAAAGCCCUCGGCGAUAUUCCGCAUAUCCCGGCUCAAGUCGAGCGGCCUGGAGGCGUCCUCUGUCCCUGUGGGCUUUGGCCAGAAGGUGACGCACAACGCCCAAAUCGGCAUUUCCCUGGAACCCCUGCAAGUGCUUCGCUCCAUGACACCAGCAGUGGAAACAUCCGCUGAAUUGGCAGCCGUGGGCUUCGUGGAAUUCACUCAGCGGAUGUUGGAGUCGUUUCUCAACUUUGUGACGAGUUUCAGUCAGACGCAGGGACAGAUGUCGCCCGCUCCCAACGAGAUCUUCGUGCCGCUAUCCUACGUCCAGACGUGGUAUCAGAAUUUCGAGCGGCGACUGGCGCAGAACGUGUAUUUUUGGAAGAAUUGAGCGUUUUUACACUAUAGGGCAUGAUUAAAAAAUGGGUUCCUCGCACGUGGCUCCUGAACGCCCGUCAUUUCCACCACUGCUUCCUGUUCAUUAUUCCAUUGAUUAAUUGCUGCUUUUUCUUUUUAUACAAUGUGUCUGUGCAGAUAAAGUGCCUGCAUGCCUGCAACUUGAGAUGCCAAUAAGAGAGCUGAAAUGAACUACCGUAGAACUCAUUAUCAAUU